AAGCAGCGACUGUCCCGAAAGGGGCUGGAGGCAGAACUGCUCCUGGAGGCUGGACCACGCGCUAGCAUCCUCAGGGCUUCCCGGUCUGGAGCUCCUAGUUCUGGCAGCGCUCGCCCGCAGCAGCUGGACGCUAGAUCUCUCUGGGGCGGCCCCUCCGGGGUGGCCGCGGCCUCAGCUCAGCCCCUCCCUCUUCCCUUGCUUCUUCUUCUCGCCCUCCUCCUCGCUCCCUCACCACGUAGGAGUUCCCAUUCUCCACCCAAGCCGUCCUGCUUUCCCCCUUUCCUUCCUUUUGGAAACCAGCGGCUCCGAGGGAGGCGACCAGGCUGCGGAGGAGAGGGCCGGCUCACAAAGUGCUGCUUUGACACAUCCUUAGGAUGGAAGUUAAGUGAAAACAGAACAACACAAAACAAAACUCCGCGAAGUGUUGCUGCUACGGAGGAGACCAAGGGGAGAGGAAAACCCCGUGGGCAGGCCAAUGGUUGCUCCGCAGCGCGUUGGCAAGUUUGUGGAACACUUUCUAGGAAUUAGGUCUUUUUUGUCCCCUAUUAUCUUCUUGACUUCUGAAGAAAGAAGUUGUGUUUGGAUUGCAAUGGAGACUAAGGAGACAGGGCUAGACGCACGUGAAUAGUCCCGCCAGCUGGGCUGAAUUUGUGGGAAUUUAGGAAGCCAGCCUGUGGAAGUAGAGCGGCUCCGGAGUCCCCUGGGUUCAUUCGGAUGGCACCUAACGUGUCCCGUGUCAGACCUCUUCACCAACAGCUUCCUAUGUUGCCAUUUUGCUCUUCUUGACCUUAAUCAAUCUCUAGGAAAGUCUAAACUUCGGACCUACCUCUUUUUUUGAUACUUAUUUUUGUACUUCUGCUCUCUGGGAUUGGUUUCUUAAACAACCUGGAUCCUUUUUCAUAUGUCAAAAUGAAUCCUCUGAUGUUUACACUACUAUUGCUCUUUGGAUUUCUCUGCAUUCGGAUUGAUGGAUCUCGUCUUCGGCAAGAAGACUUUCCCCCCAGGAUUGUAGAACACCCUUCUGAUGUCAUCGUCUCCAAGGGAGAGCCCACCACUCUGAACUGUAAAGCAGAGGGCCGGCCCACUCCCACCAUUGAAUGGUACAAGGAUGGUGAGAGGGUGGAGACAGACAAGGAUGAUCCCAGGUCACACAGGAUGCUUCUGCCCAGCGGAUCCUUAUUCUUUUUGAGAAUUGUUCACGGGCGCAGAAGUAAACCGGAUGAAGGGAGUUACGUUUGUGUUGCAAGGAACUAUCUUGGUGAAGCAGUGAGUCGAAACGCAUCUCUGGAAGUGGCAUUGUUGCGAGAUGAUUUCCGGCAAAACCCUACAGAUGUGGUAGUCGCAGCUGGAGAGCCUGCAAUCUUGGAGUGCCAGCCACCACGGGGACACCCAGAACCAACCAUCUACUGGAAAAAAGACAAAGUCCGAAUUGAUGACAAGGAAGAGAGAAUAAGUAUCCGUGGUGGGAAGCUGAUGAUCUCCAAUACUAGGAAAAGCGAUGCUGGCAUGUAUACCUGUGUUGGAACCAAUAUGGUGGGAGAAAGGGACAGCGACCCUGCAGAGCUCACUGUCUUUGAACGACCCACAUUUCUCAGGAGGCCAAUUAAUCAGGUGGUGCUAGAGGAAGAGGCUGUAGAAUUCCGUUGUCAAGUCCAGGGAGAUCCCCAGCCAACAGUGAGGUGGAAAAAGGAUGAUGCAGACUUGCCAAGAGGAAGGUAUGAUAUCAAAGAUGACUAUACCCUGAGAAUUAAGAAGGCCAUGAGUACAGAUGAAGGUACCUAUGUGUGUAUUGCUGAGAAUCGGGUGGGAAAAGUGGAAUCCUCUGCAACCCUCACUGUUCGAGUUCGCCCUGUUGCUCCUCCACAGUUUGUGGUUAGGCCAAGAGAUCAGAUCGUUGCUCAGGGCCGGACAGUGACAUUCCCCUGUGAAACUAAAGGAAACCCACAACCAGCUGUUUUUUGGCAGAAAGAAGGCAGCCAGAACCUACUUUUCCCGAAUCAACCUCAGCAGCCCAAUAGCCGGUGUUCAGUGUCCCCAACGGGGGACCUCACCAUCACCAACAUUCAGCGUUCAGACGCGGGUUAUUACAUCUGCCAGGCCCUAACUGUAGCAGGCAGCAUUUUAGCUAAAGCACAGCUGGAGGUUACUGACGUUUUGACAGAUAGACCUCCACCCAUAAUCCUGCAAGGACCAAUAAACCAAACACUUGCGGUAGACGGUACGGCCUUACUGAAAUGUAAAGCCACUGGCGAGCCUCUUCCUGUAAUUAGCUGGCUAAAGGAGGGCUUUACUUUUUUGGGGAGAGAUCCAAGAGCCACGAUCCAAGACCAAGGAACACUGCAGAUUAAGAAUUUACGGAUUUCUGAUACUGGCACAUAUACUUGUGUGGCUACAAGUUCCAGUGGGGAGACCUCCUGGAGCGCAGUGCUGGAUGUAACAGAAUCUGGAGCAACAAUCAGUAAAAAUUAUGAUAUAAAUGACCUCCCGGGGCCACCAUCCAAACCACAGGUCACUGAUGUUACUAAGAACAGCGUCACCUUAUCUUGGCAACCAGGUACACCUGGAGUACUUCCAGCAAGCGCAUAUAUCAUUGAGGCUUUCAGCCAAUCAGUGAGCAAUAGCUGGCAGACAGUGGCAAACCAUGUUAAGACAACUCUCUAUACAGUAAGAGGGCUGAGGCCCAACACAAUCUACUUGUUCAUGGUCAGAGCGAUCAACCCCCAAGGUCUCAGUGACCCAAGCCCUAUGUCGGAUCCUGUACGCACACAAGAUAUCAGCCCACCGGCACAAGGAGUGGACCACAGACAAGUGCAGAAGGAAUUAGGAGAUGUCAUUGUUCGUCUCCAUAAUCCAGUUGUCCUGACGCCUACAACUGUUCAAGUCACAUGGACGGUGGACCGACAACCCCAGUUUAUUCAGGGCUACAGAGUGAUGUACCGUCAGACUUCUGGCCUACAAGCCUCAACUGUGUGGCAGAAUCUAGAUGCCAAAGUCCCAACUGAGAGGAGUGCUGUCCUUGUGAAUCUGAAAAAGGGAGUGACUUAUGAAAUUAAAGUCAGGCCAUAUUUUAAUGAGUUCCAAGGAAUGGACAGUGAAUCGAAAACAGUCCGUACUACUGAGGAAGCCCCAAGUGCCCCUCCCCAGUCUGUCACUGUGCUGACAGUUGGAAGCCACAACAGCACAAGCAUUAGUGUUUCCUGGGAUCCUCCACCAGCUGACCACCAGAAUGGCAUUAUUCAGGAAUAUAAGAUCUGGUGUUUGGGAAAUGAAACUCGAUUCCAUAUCAAUAAAACGGUGGAUGCAGCCAUUCGCUCUGUAGUAAUAGGUGGCUUGUUCCCUGGAAUUCAGUACAGGGUGGAAGUGGCAGCUAGUACAAGUGCAGGGGUUGGAGUAAAAAGUGAACCACAGCCGAUAAUUAUUGGGGGACGUAACGAAGUUGUCAUUACUGAAAACAAUAACAGCAUAACUGAGCAAAUCACUGAUGUCGUGAAGCAACCGGCAUUUAUAGCUGGCAUUGGUGGUGCCUGCUGGGUAAUUUUGAUGGGUUUUAGCAUCUGGUUAUACUGGAGAAGAAAGAAGAGAAAGGGACUCAGCAAUUAUGCUGUAACAUUUCAAAGAGGAGAUGGAGGACUAAUGAGCAAUGGGAGCCGUCCAGGUCUUCUAAAUGCUGGUGAUCCCAAUUAUCCGUGGCUUGCUGAUUCGUGGCCAGCCACGAGUUUGCCAGUGAACAACAGCAAUAGUGGCCCAAACGAAAUUGGAAAUUUUGGGCGUGGAGAUGUGCUGCCUCCGGUUCCAGGCCAAGGGGAUAAAACAGCAACCAUGCUUUCUGAUGGAGCCAUUUAUAGCAGCAUUGACUUCACUACCAAAACCACUUACAACAGUUCCAGCCAAAUAACACAGGCCACCCCAUAUGCCACUACCCAGAUCCUGCAUUCCAACAGCAUCCACGAACUGGCAGUUGAUCUUCCGGAUCCACAGUGGAAAACCUCAGUUCAACAAAAAACAGACCUCAUGGGAUUUGGUUAUUCCCUACCUGAUCAGAACAAGGGGAACAACGGUGGGAAAGGUGGAAAAAAGAAGAAAACUAAAAAUUCUUCGAAAGCGCAGAAAAACAACGGAUCCACAUGGGCUAAUGUUCCUCUACCUCCUCCUCCAGUCCAGCCCCUUCCUGGUACAGAGCUGGGACACUAUGCUGCGGAACAAGAAAACGGCUAUGACAGUGAUAGCUGGUGCCCACCAUUACCGGUGCAAACAUACUUGCAUCAGGGUAUGGAAGAUGAGCUGGAAGAAGAUGAGGAUCGGGUCCCAACACCUCCUGUUCGUGGUGUGGCCUCUUCACCUGCUAUCUCCUUUGGACAGCAGUCCACUGCCACUCUUACUCCAUCCCCACGGGAAGAGAUGCAACCCAUGCUGCAAGCUCACUUGGAUGAGUUAACAAGGGCCUAUCAAUUUGAUAUAGCAAAACAAACAUGGCACAUUCAGAGCAAUACUCCACCUCCACAACCCCCAGUUCCACCAUUAGGUUAUGUGUCCGGAGCCUUGAUUUCUGAUUUGGAGACAGAUGUUCCAGAUGAGGAUGCUGAUGAUGAAGAGGAACCAUUAGAAAUUCCUAGGCCCCUCAGAGCACUAGACCAGACACCUGGAUCCAGUAUGGACAAUCUAGACAGCUCUGUCACAGGAAAAGCCUUUACCUCCUCUCAAAGGCAGCGGCCCACCAGCCCGUUUUCUACGGACAGUAACACCAGUGCUGCCCAGAAUCAAAGCCAGAGACCUAGGCCCACGAAAAAACACAAGGGAGGGCGGAUGGACCCACAGCCAGCGUUACCUCAUCGGAGAGAAGGGAUGCCAGAUGAGGAGUCCCUGGUGCCCUACAGCAAACCCAGCUUCCCAUCUCCAGGUGGGCACAGCUCAUCUGGAACAUCCUCCUCUAAAGGGUCCACUGGCCCUCGGAAGGCCGAUGUGCUGAGGGGCAGCCAUCAGAGGAACACCAAUGACCUUCUCGACAUUGGAUAUGUGGGCUCGAAUAGUCAAGGACAGUUUACAGAGUAACAGAGAGGGGACAUACAAAGAUGCUCUGAGGACCAUCAGGUCCAAACUCAUGGAAGUGAUAACAUUUAACAGUGCAAUGAACAAUUUCUUUAUUUAUGUACUAUUAAAGAAAACUGUAAAUGCAAUGUAAAGACACACAGCCACCCAUAUCCCACAGUUAUUUUCUUCUGUUCUUCUCUUACUUACACCACCCACCUUAACUCUUUCUUGUCAGGAGUAUAUAAGAAAAAGAAAGAAAGCAAAACUUGCCCUCCAGGAAGAAAAGGAUUUUCCUCUGUAUAUAAUUUCUUUUGUGCAUUGCUAUGCAAGCUCACUCUUUUUAACUCUGUUCAUAUUAUUGUCUGUUCUGAUUGGUCUGUUGUACUAUAUGUGAAUUAAUGGGCUGUGGUGCCAUAUAUUAACUUUUAAUUGUGUAACUUUUUAUGUUUAAACUUUGCACUGCGAUUUUCUUUGGUGAUAAGCACAAAUCUCUACUCCUCAUGACAUGAAGAAAAGAUUGAAUGUGAAGGGAGUUUUCUGUACUGUAAGUUAGGUUGGAUAAUGCUGGUGUAACCAAUCCUGUUAGAUGGUUUUCAGUUGGGGGUGUAGCAAUAGGAAAAGGCAAAGGAAUGAUGGUGUUGGCAAAGUCUUCUUGAAACAUCAGAUAUUGAGUCAAUUUUAAGAAGCAGAAAGAUGGAUGCUAUUGACUAAAGCAGGGGUCAAAAGAAGGGGGUUUAAGUCUAGACAGAAUGUGUAAUAAAGGAUGGUGGUAGCAAAAAUGUACUAACUUGCUUUAAAAAUAUUAUUAAAGUUUUAUUUAGAAUGAACUUUACUUGCUAUUGUAAUUAACCCACCUUAGAAUUACAAUGAGCAAAAUACAAAUCAAGGUGUUUCAAGAGAUCUGUAUUUAUAUUACAGCUUUUAAAAAAUAGCAGUUUUGAAUUAUCAUAAUUAAUCUUUCCAACUCAUUAAGUCAGACUAUAUCAUGGAGUUCCCCAAGGAAACAAAGAAAAUGAACUCUAGAAAUUCUAGCAAAUAGUUAAAGAAGCAACUUAUUAUUAGGGCAUACUUGGCUACUGUUGAAUAUGAGCUCAAUUGUAAUAUCUUGUUCAUCUUUCUAACACAUGUACAGUACAUAUUAGAGGAGGUAGCCACAUCAGUUCAUUUCUUUUGGAAAAAAAAGCAAACUAAUUCAGUCUACAUACAAUUUUGUGUUUCUUUUGAUUAAAACGUAAAAUUGAAGCCACCAGAUAGAUGUAUAGCCAAGUUAUAAGUGCUUAAAGGCAGUGCUCACAGUAUGUUCAGUUUCCAGUUAGUAGAUUUAUUGGACUCAAUAUUUUCUGGUACAAUCUCAAAAAUUGGCUACCAACUAAAAUCUGUUUGACACAUUUUGAAUGAGUAAAUCGGAAAGAACAGUCAAAAGGGAGAAAAAUGCAUGUUUAUACACUUUUUAAAUAAAACCAAAUCUUGUAAGUGGACAUUAAUAACAGUGUCCUGCCUCAUUUGUUUUCUCGACUUUGAGAACAAGGAGUUCCUGAACAUCAGUGAUGUAUGCUCAAGAUAAAUGUGACUUUGAAAUGUAUGUUAGCUACUGUAUAUGUAUGUAAGUCAAGUAGAUAAUAGCCUUCCUGAAAUUACCACUUAAGAUAUUUUCCCAUGUGCUACUCACACAAGCUUAAAUUCUAGUUCCACCAAUGGUUUUAUUAUUUUUUCUUAUGAUAUAUUCAAUAGAUGAUACCUUGAAAAAUAUUCAGUGUGAUGGUCAAUAUAUUGAGGUUUUAAGUAAGAAAUAUUUGUUAAUACAUACUGUGCAUUAUUGGCUCAGGUGCCAAUUCAUGUGACUUUAUCAUAGGGAAUGGAUGCUGUAAGUACAUGGUUCCAAUGGUCUUUCUCCACAGGCAAGCGUAGAAUUUGAGGUUCUUCAUAGGUCCCAAAAUUUUCUUAGUGCUAUAUACUUAACUUUCUUCACUGAAGUAACAAACAAUUCUGACACACCCUUUAACAACUUUCUACCAUCAGUGCCUGAACUUUAUUGAAGUUUAAUGUCUCUGGCAAAAGGAAAUGGGAAAGUUUCUGUGGGGUGAAAAUGGUUUAUGUAAUUAUUGUCAAUUCUAAGUUGUGAUAAAUUUAACUUUUCAUUUACACAGUUCCUUAUUUUAUGGCCUCUAUUUAAAAGCAUAGGAUCUUUUCAGAUAUGUUUUUAGUUGUGUUUUCACUGUAUGUUCAUGAAUAAUAUAAAUUAGUGAAAAACUUUAGAAUAUCAUAUGUAUGGUAACUGACAUUUGCAGAUUAUUAUCAAACCAAAUCAUAAGAAAUGAUUUCUGCAGAUCACAUGAUGGCUUAUCAUUUUCAAUUCAGAUCAAUUUCAGAUUAUAGCAACAUGUCUUUCUGAUUGUCUUCAGAAUAUGAUCAUAAGCGAUUAUAUGAUGUCCAUACAGAUUACAGUCUGUGAUCAUUGCAAAAUCUUGCAUCGGAUAUCUAUCAUGAAGAUGAGAUAACAUGCUAUGGUAAUUUGAAUUUAGGCAUAGGCAUACUAUCAGGAAUAGAAAGCCUUCAUCCUCUAGGUAUUUGGACAAAUCCAUUCAUCAUCAACCAUCAGAUUGUUAACUGAGGAAUACAUACCUCCCUCAUGAAUACCCCAAGUCUUUUCAUGUUAUAGUUGAUUGAAUGUGAUAAGAAAUCUGCUGAGUUUACUCUUCUUUGGGCCUGAGCAGAAACAUGCAUAAGCCAUCAAGAUGAAGUCUGGGUGGGAAUGAAACCUCAUCUUUUACUCAUAGGCAAUACCGCUGUGUAGUCAUGGCAGACCCAAGCACAGCUUCUUUCAGAACAUGCAAAGUCUCCUAUCGAAUGUACAUAUCAGUGUCCAAACUCAGGUAUGCCAGUAUAAACAGUAGGGUUUGCCUAACCUUCUCCAUGCCACUUUACAAGAGUAAGUUAGGAGACUCCAGGGCUAUGAAAAUAAUGGAUUCCUUCACAGGAUUUGGAAUGAGCUCACGGAAUUAUAUAGGACAGUCGAGAGCAAUGUAAACACAACCAAAGUAAUAAAGCCUUGAAGAAACACGUACUUCGACUAACAAAACAGAUUCAGUAUGUUCUAUGUUACAGCUUACUGCUCUUCAUAUUUAAAUCCCGUUGCCAAUGGGAUUUAAGUCGCAAGUAUAUAUGUUAUUUUGUGGAACACAACCAAGUUCUACUUAAGUUUAUGCAAUUUUUUUCAUUGAUGAAAAAAAACAAUAUUCACAUCAAUGAGCUCCCAGCUGCGGAUCACUACUCCUAAAAAGCAAUCUUGUCAGUAUUGAAGAUAUGCAGAAUCAUAAUUUUCACUACUAAUGUUAUUUUGUUCAACUACUUCUGUGUACUGUGAAAAAGGGGCGGGGCAUGUGUUUCCAUGUUAUCUGAGAGGUGAAACUAUUUUUGCGUUGCUUUGUCCUAAUGGGUACUUCAAAUGAAACACCAUACAAUUUUAAAUGACAUGCAAUUUAUGGAUACUUUUUACUCUCAUAACUUUAAAAGCAUUUGUUGUGAUUUUGAAGUGUUACAAGAUAAGAGAUUUUGUGGUUGUGGGUAGACUUUUUAUACUUUGUUUUAUAGAUGGAUUUUUUUCACUGUAGUUUACUUGAGUGAACAAACAGUAUCCCAAAUCUCAAUGUGUUUCAUUUGAUAUUGUUAGAUCAGCAAAGAAAUUGGCAUAAAAUUGAUUCAUAGUAUUGUCAAAGAAUUGUGUAUUGUGUAUUCACUGGGAAAAAUAAAAUAUAUUCACAUUUCAAUUUUGUAAAAAAAAAAAAAAAGCCAUUGAUGUACAACAAAUUUGUCUGUGGACAAACCAAAAAUAGAUACUUGUGUCACUUUUAGAAUUCUGUGACUAUUUUGUGGCCCAAUAUUUAUAUUUCUUUUUCCAAUUCAAAUAUGGAUCAGAAGUGCUAAGUACGAAACAAUGUUGACUAGGUAGUUAUGAUUAAAAGACAGCAAUAAAGACUAAAA